UUGGCAACGGUUGAAGAAAAGGUGGAAAUGGAAGAAGCACUUAUGAAGGUGAAGAAGAAGAAGAAAGCUGAAGUUUUGUCUUCUCCUUCAACAACAUUCUGUGUUACUGGAGCAACUGGGUAUAUUGGUUCAUGGCUUGUGGCGGCUCUUCUUCAAAGAGGCUACACUGUUCAUGCUACCGUUAGAGAUCCUGAAAAGUCAUUUCACCUGCUAUCGUUAUGGACAAGAGGUGACAGAUUGAGAAUUUUCAAAGCAGAUUUGAAUGAAGAAGGGAGCUUCGAUGAGGCUGUAAGAGGCUGUGAUGGCGUUUUUCAUGUUGCAGCUUCAAUGGAAUUCAAUGUGGAUAAGAGAGAAAACAUUGAGGCCUAUGUUCAAGCAAAUAUAGUUGAUCCUUCAAUCAAAGGGACCUUGAACCUUCUAAAGUCCUGCAUGAAUUCCAAUUCUGUGAAAAGGGUUGUUCUCACUUCUUCAAUAAGUACAAUUACUGCCAAAGACAACAAUGGGAAGUGGAAACCUGUUGUUGAUGAAUCUUGCCAAAUGCAAAGUGAACAUGUGUUGAAAACACAAGCAAGUGGAUGGGUUUAUGCCCUUUCAAAGCUUCUAACAGAAGAGGCAGCAUUUAAGUUUGCAAAAGAGAACGGCAUUGAUCUUGUGUCAGUCAUAACAACCACUGUUGCAGGCCCAUUCUUCACUGCUACUGUACCAUCAAGUGUUAAACUGCUACUGUCACCAAUAACAGGUGAACCUGAGUUCUUCAAGAUAUUAUCUGCUGUAAAUGCAAGAAUGGGGUCAAUUGCUUUAGUUCACAUUGAGGAUAUAUGCAGUGCGCAUAUUUUCCUAAUGGAGCAUUCUAAAGCAGAAGGUCGAUACAUAUGCAGCAACCAAAGCUAUCCAUUGUCUAUGUUGGUCAAUCUUCUUACCAAAGAGUAUUCUUACUCAAAUAAGAAAAGGAUACCUGAGAAAAACUAUGAUAAAGUUCCUUCUGAGAUUUGCUCAAAGAAAUUAAGAGAUCUGGGUUUUAGUUACAAGCAUGGAGUUGAAGAUAUAAUCCACCAGACAAUUAUUUGUUGCUUAGAUUAUGGUUAUUUACCUCCCGUUAGACAGUAGUCUUUCAAUACUAGUGCAUGCACAUGAUUUUGAAACUUCUGUACAGUUUUGUGGUCACAGAAAACAAAUGAAGUCAUAUUUUGAAAGAUCAAGUUCCUUCUUGAAUAUUUGUAUGGACAAAUGAAGUCAUAUUUAUCGUUUCUUAUAAACGUUUUGAUCCUAUUUUCUAAGUA